AUGUCGAUGUCUUCGUCGUCUGUUCACACGGCCAUUUGCAAUGUUGGUGAACCCAAUAAGGAGUUUCGAAAAAGGAAUUGCACCUUGCCUGGACUGCCACUUUGCUUUUCUUCUGGUAUCAUAAAUUCCGGGAAUGCUUAUGCCCACUACUCACCAGACAAAAUUUUCAAGUUAGGAGAACUCGGGUCUGGCCUCAGACCGAGAGGGGAUGUGCAGGAUUUUUAUCAACUGAAACAAAAGUGGUUAGCAAGACGAGCGCGUACUGGAGAAUUGUUCGAAGACACGACAUUUUCAAGACCAGAUUCGAUCUAUGCCUGGUAUGCAGAAAAUAAGAUCGUUCAAGGAGUGACGUGGCUACGCCCGAAGGAUAUAGUUGAUCAUCCAAAACUGUUUGUGGAUGGAUUUUCACGAUUCGAUAUUCAGCAGGGGAAGUUCGGUGAUUGUUGGGUUCUAUCAAGUAUUUCUAAUUUAGCGAUGCACCGAGAUAUGUUCCAUCGAGUCGUGCCGGAGGAUCAAAGCUUUGAAGAACGAGAUUAUGCUGGAAUAUUUCAUUUUAGAUUUUGGUACUGCGGAAGAUGGGUGGACGUCGUUAUAGAUGAUUUCCUGCCAACGAAAAGAGGAAAAUUAAUAUGUGUAAAAUCGGGCGAUAAAAACGAAUUCUGGAGCGCAUUGCUCAUAAAAGCUUACGCCAAGCUUUAUGAAUCAUGGGGAGCUCUGAAUGCGGGAUCUCCGAAUGAAGCUAUGGAAGAUCUUACCGGAGGUAUUAUAUCUGCCGCCGCAUUUUACGUUUCCAAUGGAAUAUUUGAUAGUAUGCUCGAAGACACGGGAAAAAAUCAUGCACUCAUAUCAGGUGGAACACCGUGGGAAGCUACGAACGGCUUGAAGGCGAGUCAUGCUUACGCUAUCACGAAAGUCUUGAAAUACAACGGAGUUCGGCUGUUGAGACUAAAAGACCCGUUCGGUGACGAGAUUGAAUGGAAUGGCCCGUGGAGUGACAAUUCGGAAGAGUGGAAAUCCGUUCCUGAUAACGUGAAAGAAGAACUGGGGGUUAAGGUUGACGCCGACACUGACGGUGAAUUCUGGAUGACUUUCGAAGAUUUUCAAAAUCAUUUCAAUUAUGUAUCGACUUGUUAUUUUAACUCGGAUCCUUUGAACAAGGAUGGCAAACGUACAUGGAAAAUGGGUACUUUUGAUGGGGAGUGGGUGCGUGGCGUCACAGCUGGACAUGAUAGCGAUGACGAAUCGGAUAUUCUACACGACUGGAUUAACUUUAUGGAAACUCAUACGCUGAGCAAUAGCAUGGGCUUAUUGAGACCCGUACAGAAUCUACAGUACCAUAUAACUUUGGGACAGCCGGACCAGGGAAGUGAUACCUGCACAGUGAUAGUAUCACUUAUGCAGAAAGAUCAGAGGGUUAACAAAAAUCAUUCCACAAUGCUGGAUUAUAAAUUUCGGAUCUAUCGCAUGGAAAAACCUCACGAAUUACCGAAGCCAUUGGACAGUAAUUUUUUUGAAUCACGGGAAGCAAUAUUCAUUAGCAGUAAAAAAUCUUGGGCAGAUUCACGAAGUUUCGGCUGUCGGGUAGAAUUACCACCUGGGGAUUACUGUAUCACACCAAUUCUUCAUUCGAUAGAUAAGGAAGCGAAAUUCUUGCUUAGAGUCUUUUCUGAAAAUCUGACCAAUAUGGAAGAGUGGGACGAGCAAAUCGGUCAUUGCGUGGAGAAUAGUCAUUCGGUACGUGGUUUGUCGAAAGCUCAGUUGUCGAUGGAUUACAAUGAUAACAAACAAAAAUUAACGAAUUUUGAAAAAUAUGCGAAUGGCGAGUUUGAGGUUGGCUGGAAAGAUUUGAAGGAAGUAUUGCAGAAAGACUUUGGAGAAGAUUUCAGUGAGUAUCAAUGUCGCAGCGUGGUGAGUAUGCUGGAUAAGCUUGACUCCGGUAAAAUUGGAUUCAGAGAGUACCUAGUACUUUGGAAUGACAUUGGAAACUGGAGGACAAUAUUCAAGAAAUAUGACCCAAACGGCGAUGGUCACUUUGGGACGUUCAAAUUGAGGAAAGCUGUGAAAAGUGCCGGAUACACUUUGAAUAAUCUCACGCUGACGAAGCUCGUGCGUCUCUACGAAAGCAAUGUUGGUAAAAUUACGUUCGGGGAUUACGUCAUGUGUGUAUUACAAAUGAAAACGAUGAUUGAUUCGUUUGGAAAGGAUCUGGAUGGGACGAGCACCAAAUCAACUACGUUUGGACUUUGAUCUAUUCAAUGUUGUGAAUUAAAACGCUUUACAGUUUUCUAA